AUGGCCGAAAAUUAUGAACCAAUUGCUGAUGAAAUCGCUUCAGUGGUGAUAGGUGCUUUUGAAACCAAAAAAUUAAAGGGUAAACCAACUACAAGAUCUAAUGGUGUAAAAGAAUGGACAGUAUUAGCUGGUAUAGUAGCUAUAUUCAAUUCAAAUCCAGAUCAAUAUGAUAUAGGACUAGUUUCAUUAGCAACUGGUGUUAAAGCCAUUCCAGAAAUGAUAAUAUCCAAGUACUCACAAGGUGGUAGAAUAUUACAUGACUGCCACGCUGAAGUUUUAUGUAUAAGGUCUUUCAAUUGGGUUAUUGCUAAUGAAUGUACCAAAGUUAAAAAUGGUGAAGAAUCUAAAUAUAUAGAGUACACUGAUGAUGACACUUUAAGGUUUAAACUUAAAGAUGGGAUUGAAUUUGCAUUAUAUGUAUCAGAACUACCAUGUGGUGACUCGAGUUUGGAACAAUUAAUCGAAGAAGAUGAUGUUAAAUGGGACAAACUUACAAAAUUACCUGGUGGUGUACUUCGAGGUCGUGAAGAUUUUAUGACAAAAGGCAAAGUAAGGACAAAACCUGGGAGAAGAGACUCACCACUUUGUAUGUCUAUGAGUUGCUCAGAUAAGAUUUCAAUGACACAAUUCACAUCGUUGUUAAAUGGUGUUGUUAGCUCUUAUUGUGAUACAAUUGGAUUUUUUAUUGAUCUGAUUGUGGUACCGAAGAAUAAAUUCGAUGAAACGGGAAUGAAUAGAGCUUUCCGUAACAGGUUUGACUCUAAUUAUGCUAAUAAUGCUCAUAUGAUACAAUGUCUUUCCACAAAUGUGGAAGAAUAUUUAUUCGCUAAAGAUGAUGCUAAAAAAUCACCUUCAAAUACAAGUCUGAUCUACAUACCAGAUUACGAUUUGAAUGAAUCGAUAGUUAAUGGUGUGAAGGAAGGCUUUUUCAAUAAAAAGACAUAUAUAAGGAAGAAUGGGGAAAGUAUUGUGUCAAGAGUAAAGUUAUUUGAAGCUUCAAGACCUCAUUUGAAGAUCAUUGAUGGAAAUUAUUACGGUUUAAAGAAGCAAAAUAUCAAAUAUAACGAACUUAAACAAAUCGGUAUUGAAGCGUUAUGUGGAUGGGCAAACACUACAGAAGAUGAUUUCUCAUUGGAUUCCAUUUGA